CACUGACUUACAAACCCACCCAAUCCAUGCUCAACACAAAAGCCCAGACCCGCUCAAACUGCGAACUUGGCGCGAACCGAACAACGUUCCUGGAAUGCACGCUGCCAAGAAAUAGCAGGGAUGGCAAAAGCAAAGCAGUCUAUGGUGUCAUUAUAAUCGUCUAUUUACAGUCUCCAGUCAUUGUACAACUAAGCACCGUCCAUGAAUGUACGCCCCGCUCUUACUGCAUCUUGCCCAGCACCCUUGGCUGAGAGAUGUCCGCCAUGUUGAUGAAGAUAUCGUCCGCAGGAUGGCGGUAGAGAGGUGCGCGCAGACGCUUCUGGUCAAGGUGAUGCCCAAUGAAACCGAUGGAUCGGCCAAGGACGAAAAGACCGUUCAGGGUACCAAUCUGUACCAGGGAAGCCUCUUCUGGUGUGAAGGCACCACUGUCUCGAAGGAGAUCGACGAAGCAAACGGCGAUACACCCGUCGACGUUCAGGAUCAGCUAAAAACCCUUCGUCACCUUCUCGACAGCAAGGGCAUAGUCGAGGAGACUGUGGCUAGGGAAGUUCUUGCAAACUACAUGAAAGCAUGAUAAGAAACAGGAAUACCCAUGUCACUUACGCAUUACUUACUGAGCUUGUUAGCCUUUCGGCAGUUGUCGACGAACUCGCGAGGAGUCAAACCGGUAUCACGAGCAUUCGAGAACAUCGAGGCCGCUUCAUCGAGUGCACCACCGAAUCGGCUACCAAUGGUAAGCAGACCAGAAGCGAGCGAUGAGAUGAGGUCCUUGCCAGCACGGGUUGCAACGAUAGUAUUCAUCGCACUUGAAGAAAAG